CCAUCUUAUGCCACGGCCACCAUGGCAAGUACAGAGGUUGAUGAGUAUGUCGUGCCACAAUAGCGAGCUUUUCCCCGAAAUCCCAAUCCCCGGUCCCUGGACCUCCACUACACACUGCCGGGCCAACAGCUGCCUACCCGCUCCAAACUAUUCCGCAUUCAAGUUAGCAUCUCGAAAGCUUCACCUUCGUCAUCUUCUUACAUGAGAGCUUCUCGGUCUAACCUCUGCUUCAUUGUCAACCGCAACUCUCCGGACAGGCGCUCAAAAUGGCAGAGACGGUCCUCAAUUUCCCCACGGACCCCAGCGAGUUUGAUACCGACCACCGCAUCUCAUUCUCCAAACUCGACAACAAGUACAUCGCCGUGCAGGAGGGCGGCACCGAGUUCGAGUUCGACGCACAGCUCAAGCGCUGGAUCCCCACAUACGACGAUGAGGAGCUCGCCGCCCAGCAGCGCAUGUACGGCGGUUCCCCGGCGGACGACGACGACGACGCGGAAGCGGGCGGCAGCAGCAGCAACCACAACAACAACAAGCGCAAGCGGAAAGAGGACGCGGCCGCCGCGCGCAAGAAGCAGAAGGCCCCGCCACAGCCCAGACAGAACACGGCCAUCUACGUGACGGGACUGCCCUUCGACGCCUCGGUGGACGAGGUCCACGAUGUGUUCAGCCGCAAGUGCGGCGUCAUCGCCGAGGAGAUCGACAGCGGGAAGCCGCGCAUCAAGAUGUACACCGACGCCGAGGGCCAGUUCAAGGGCGACGCGCUGGUCGUCUUCUUCAAGCCCCAGAGCGUGGAGAUGGCCAUCAUGCUGCUAGACGACACGGACUUCAGGUACAGCUCCAGCGGGACGCCCUCGGGGAAGAUGAGAGUCCAGGCUGCGGACAGCAGCUACAAGAAGGUGCAGCACGAGGCGGGAGAUGAGACGGCCGCUGGUGGAGCUGCUCACACUCCUGCGACUGCUGUCGCUGGUGGUGCUGCUGCUCCUGCUGCCAACGGUCGCGGCGGGGCGAGUACGGCUGACGCUGCGCCGAGAACGGCGGCCCAGAUUCGCAGGGAGCGCGAGCAGGACAAGCAAAAGAUCAUCAAGCGCACGCAAAAGCUGGAUGCGAAGCUGGCGGAUUGGGAUGAUGACGAGCCGUACGGUGCGCAGCUCGAGACGAACCAGAGAAAGGAUAAGGUGGUGAUACUACACCACAUGUUCACGCUACAAGAACUCGAGGAAGAUCCUGCGGCGCUGCUGGAUAUCAAGGACGAUAUCCGAGAGGAAUGCGAAAAGUUGGGGGCGGUUACGAGCGUCACCCUGUAUGACCUUGAAAAGGAUGGUGUUGUCAGCGUCAAAUUUCAGAGCCCAAAGUCAGCCGAGGCGUGUGUGGAGAUGAUGGAUGGAAGGGCCUUUGAUGGAAGGACUGUAAGAGCUACCUUCGCUACGGGGCGGGAGAAGUACAGGAAAUCGGGCAAGGACACCGGCGAGGGUGGCGUAUGAUGUCCGAAAUGGAUUCAUUGAGUUGCUUGGUUCUGACCUGGAUUGUAUAACAGUCAACAGACACGUCGGGAGGGUCUUGGAGGGGAUGACUUUCACCCGACAAGAGAGUUUCGGUUCCUGAUGAUGAGGUGACUGGAUUCAUUAGGCAGCCCCACGACAUGAAAAGUGGUUAAACCUUUCCUCUCGGCCUUGCAUAGUGGCCAUCGAGUUGCUGUAGAAUUAACUGCGCAUUCGAGG